UUCCGCAUGCUGUCUGGUGUGGAGCGUUUUGGCAACGUGGCCUGAUUCUUUGCAGGAAGACGUGCACGUUUGUGCUUUGCCAGCCGCGGCCUAGUGGGCCUUUCGGGGCCGCAGAGUUGCUUUUUGCAGUGGUAUAGGAGCUCGUGGCGGGCUGCGCGGCGCCCUGACCCGGCCUCACCAUGUUGGUGCUGUUUGAAACGUCCGUCGGCUACGCCAUCUUUAAGGUUCUAAAUGAGAAGAAACUUCAAGAGGUUGAUAGUUUGUGGAAAGAAUUUGAAACUCCAGAGAAAGCAAAUAAAAUAGUAAAGCUAAAACAUUUUGAAAAAUUUCAGGAUACAGCAGAAGCAUUAGCAGCAUUCACAGCUCUGAUGGAGGGUAAAAUUAAUAAGCAGCUGAAGAAAGUUCUGAAGAAAAUAGUAAAAGAAGCCCAUGAACCUUUGGCUGUAGCGGAUGCUAAGCUAGGAGGGGUUAUAAAGGUUUCUUCAUGUAGCCUGUCACGAUAUAGAUUGAAAUUUAGUGCUGAUAAAGUGGACACAAUGAUUGUCCAGGCAAUUUCCUUGUUAGAUGACUUGGAUAAAGAACUAAACAACUAUAUUAUGCGAUGUAGAGAAUGGUAUGGCUGGCAUUUCCCUGAAUUAGGAAAAAUUAUUUCAGAUAAUUUGACAUACUGCAAGUGUUUACAGAAAGUUGGCGAUAGGAAGAACUAUGCCUCUGCCAAACUUUCUGAAUUACUGCCAGAAGAAGUUGAAGCAGAAGUGAAAGCAGCUGCGGAGAUAUCUAUGGGAACAGAGGUUUCAGAAGAAGAUAUUUGCAACAUUCUGCAUCUUUGCACCCAGGUGAUUGAAAUCUCUGAAUACAGAACCCAGCUCUAUGAAUAUCUACAAAAUCGAAUGAUGGCCAUUGCACCCAACGUUACAGUCAUGGUUGGGGAAUUAGUUGGAGCACGGCUUAUUGCUCAUGCAGGUUCUCUUUUGAAUUUGGCCAAGCAUGCAGCUUCUACAGUUCAGAUUCUUGGAGCAGAAAAGGCACUUUUCAGAGCCCUCAAGUCUAGACGGGAUACCCCUAAGUAUGGUCUCAUUUAUCAUGCUUCACUUGUAGGCCAGACAAGUCCCAAACACAAAGGAAAGAAUUAUUCAAUUACAGAUAUUUGUAGAGAUUUCCUAAAACUCCUUUGCUGUUUCAGUGAAGUGAAGACUUAUGAUCCUUCUGGUGACUCCACACUUCCAACCUGUUCAAAAAAACGCAAAAUAGAACAGGUAGAUAAAGAGGAUGAAAUUACUGAAAAGAAAGCAAAAAAAGCCAAGAUUAAAAUUAAAGUUGAAGAGGAGGAAGAGGAGGAGGAGGAGGAGGAGGAGGAAGAAGAUAAAGUACUAGUGGUAGAAGAAGAGGAGACUACAUCUGUGAAGAAAAAGAAGAAAAAAGAUAAAAAGAAACACAUUAAGGAAGAACCUCUUUCUGAGGAAGAGCCAUGCACCAGCACAGCAAUUUCUAGUCCAGAAAAAAAGAAGAAAAAGAAAAAAAAGAGAGACAGUGAGGACUAACGGAAGAGAAGCAUAAUUGUGUCGCCUGGGUGCACCGUGCUUAAGUCUCAGUUGAGCACAUACCAGAGAUGCUCUCUACAAUAGUCAAGGAGGGUGCUGAAUGACACCAAGUGAUCAGUCGUCUGUAGCUUUUCAAACCUAUUUGUCUUGACAUCAACUCUGUUAACCUUAUUAUGUCAUCAUUUCUUAGAGGCUUUGAUAUACAAAUAAAAAUAUUUUCUUUGUAUUUUAA